AUGGCAUUUGUCCGCGAUCUCCUCCGCGAUCCCAAGGCCCGCGAUGCCGCAGACAUCGCGCACCAAGUCGUCGCCGUCGCCUCAUCUUCCUCGAAGGACAAAGCUGACAAGUUCAUCACGGCCAACGGUAUCCCUGCUCCCUGCGCCGCAUACGCCACCUAUGAGGAACUCGUGGCAGACCCCAACGUCGACGUGGUCUACGUCGCUACGCCCCACUCCCACCACUUCCAGAAUGUGAUGCUGGUUCUGGAAGCUGGUAAGAAUGUUCUUUGCGAGAAGGCUUUCACCGUCAAUGCCGCCCAGACGAAGAUCCUGUGUGAAACUGCGCGCAAGAAGAACCUUUUCCUGAUGGAGGCUGUGUGGACUCGCUAUUUCCCGCUCAGUGUGCAGGUACGCCAGCUGAUUCAGAAUGGUGAGAUUGGUGAGGUCCUUCGUACAACGGCCGAUACCAGCUUCGGUGAUGAUGUGGAGGAGAGGUGGGGGACUACUCACCGGAUGGUGAAUCCUGAUCUUGCUGGUGGAUGUCUUCUGGAUUUGGGAAUCUACUCUCUCACCUGGGUCUUCCAGACUCUCUACCACACGCUGCCCAAGGACCAGAGAAAGGCUCCUACUGUCGUCUCACAAAUGACCCCUUACCACGCCACUGGCGCUGACGAGUCCACGACGAUUUUGCUGAACUUCCCAACUAGCACUCCCUCCAACGGCCCGCACCCGAAGCAUUCGCACGGUGUGGCUAUGACCAAUCUUCGUGUUGCUGCGGACCCUGACGAGAAAGGUACUACGGGUGCGAAUAUUCGCAUUCAGGGCACCAAGGGUGAAAUUCAGGUCUUUGGAAACCCUUUCCGCCCUAUGCGGUACCGCAUCAUCCCCAAGAAGGGUGCUGGUGAGGUUCGCGACGUUGAGUUCCCCAUUCCAUCAGAGGGUCACGGUAUGUUCUGGGAGGCAGAUGAGGUGGCGCGUUGCCUGAGAGAUGGAAAGUUGGAGAGCGAGGGCCUUCCGUGGGAGGAGAGCAUUGUUAUUAUGGAGGUAAUGGAUGAAGUGCGAAAGCAGGGUGGUUUGACUUAUCCCCAGAAGAUUGAGUCAACCGAAUAUCCGCUGCAGCUGUAG